UAGUUCGUUUGAAUGAGAAACAUCAUGACAUAUGCUAGUGGACCAAGCUAGCUGCGUGUAACUGUUAGGCAUAGCUAACUAACUUUGCUGUCACGAAUUGAACGUCGUUGCUUCUCACGACAAAAACUACAGUUCGGGUGUGUGGCCAUGCCUCGGAGUAGGACUAAGUUAGAGCCCUGGAUAGAACAGAUCAUCUUGAGCUACAGCACUGAGCCAAAGGAAGAGAAGAAGCGCUCCCAGAUGAAAGCCCAUGUUGUAGGGGUCAGGCAGAUGUCAGAGUCGCAAGAUUGGCAGCCUGACGGAUUGAAAAUGUUGCUUUUUCUCUCUGAUGGUCUGGUGCAUAUUCCUGCUAUACUGACCCAGGAUGCAUGGCGGACUCUUCAGGAGCAAGAAGACCGUGAGUGCUUCUCCAGUCUCAAUAACUGUACAGUGUAUGUGUAUUCAUACACCCUGAUUUUCAACAUGGCCCCAGAACAGACCAAGAGUCAGUUUUACUUAAUGGUAGGAGAGCUGAUCACAACAUCAGCUGGGGCUGCCAAAGACAAUACCCCUUGCUGCACAUCGCUCAACUCAGUCAGGGAAAAGAUCUGUACAACAUGGAGGUCUCUGCUGGCACAGAAUUCUGUCCAUUCACAAGUCACGCAGUCUGAGUUCAACCUGUCAGAUCUGCUGGGGGAAUGGCAGCAAGACUGGCGCCAGUCUCUGUUGGAGGAAGUGAUGGAACUCCUGAGGACACCAAUAAAGCCCCCAUCACCACAGCCUUCCUCCUCCACAGCCCCCAUGCACACAUUCACUGGCAACAGAUGGGCUGUAGAUAGGAUCCGUUAUAAGGGGGAGGAGACUUUCAAUGUUCCUGUGUCUCAUCUAAACAUCCCAGACGAACUGAGUCAGACACUACAUACAUCCUCAGAUGACAGUAAGACGCAGAGUGGGUUGGUCCCUUCUUCUGAAGACAGACUGUCGCACCCAUCGCUGUCAGGGACAGAUGGCCCAGUCGUUGCUCUUGACGUCAGGCAGUCAGACAGGCCUGUGUCUCCUGAGAGAACAUUUCCUGCCCAUGAGCGUACACUUCCUGAUUCUCUAGAGGAGGGUCUGGUCAGGGACGUGUUGUUGUCAGGGGGGACAGGUGGAGCAGGCGGAGCUGUUGCCAGCCCUUGGGACAUGUUUGCUCCAGCUGCUGAGCUGCUCCGGACCUCCUCCGCAUCUGAUGAGUCCGUCAACACAGAACCCACCCCCUUCUCGGAGAGCCAGUCUCUGCUACACCCUACUCCUCCACCAGUCAUGCACACACAGUUUCCCCUGGCCACGAGCACCCAGGUGUCGGGGGUCACCCAAAGGUCAGAUGAGCAGUCCCUUCCUCCUUACCAGAAGCCAGGCCCCUCCCUUAGCCUGCCCUCCUCCAGUGGCUCCUCCUCUUCCAUUGUGAAUCUCUCUACAAAGCCUGGCAUGGAGCAACACCGCAGCAGGUCAACCACAACACGUCACCUCCCAACCACUUUGCGGGGAAACCCCAUGGAGGUGGAGCAAGACGGGGAUGUUGCUGAGAAAAGGUGCAAGAAAGCUAAGAUGAAGAGUUGUGUGAGGACCCCCGAGGAUGCUACGACCUGGGCGGAGGAGGACAUGCUGACGAGCCUCAGCCCGCCCUCCUGGUUGCUUAAAACUCCCAGGAUUGGAGAGGGAAGCUGUUGCAAACAAAUGGAAGUUGCAGCAGCUGCCCCCGCCAGGCCCUCCAAUGUUCACGCUGAUGGCACUCCGUUCUCAUAUUCUUAUAAGCUGUGUGGCCGCAUUUCAAAGGAUUUAAGCCAUUUCAAGAUCCCUGAUGGUAUGUUGCACUGGGCUGUACAGUAUCUGGUCCAUCCCAUGCAGUCAGACGUUGUCAAGGAUACCCAGCUACUCUGCCAGUCUCACCCCAGGUGUUAAUGUUAUUGGCCUCUUGUUCCCAGUUAGGGUGUACAUAGGCAGCUAUGUUAUGUUUAUAUAACAUGGUAAAUAAAGAUACAUUUUUAAGUUAA